UGCUUUGCCUUGGGAAAUUGCAUUUGAAAGAGUGAAAGACGAAGCCAUCUUCAAUCCAAAGAGAGAAAGAGUUUCAGAAACACCCGACAACCUUUCACCGUGGUUUCGUUAUGCCGUGCCAGGACUCGGAGCUGAAGGCGGCGAAGACUGCGUACCGGAGCGCCAGGGUUGAGGGUAACCACCGCGAGGAGGCGCGUUGGGCCAACGUCAUUGGCGACAUUCACAAGAACAGAGGAGAGUACGUGGAAGCCCUCAAAUGGCUCCGAAUCGAUUACGAUGUUUCGCUAAAAUACUUGCUGGAAAAGGAUUUGCUCCCUACCUGCCAAUCCAUCGGCGAGAUGUACCUCCGCCUCGAGCAGUUCUCUGAAGCUCUAACUUACCAGAAGAAGCACUUGGAGCUUGCAAGAGACGCUGACGAUGUGGUUGAGCAGCAAAGAGCGAGCACGCAGCUAGGUCGAACAUACCACGAGCUGUUCUCGAGAUCCGAUCACGACCACAACUCAAUUCGCAACGCGAAGAAGUAUUUCAACUUCGCAAUGGAGCUUGCAGUGGCUCUGAAGAAGAAACCGCCAAACAGCAAGUCUUCGUUCCUGAAGGAGUAUAUCGAUGCGCACAACAACAAAGGGAUGCUGGAAAUGGAGCUCGAUAACUUCCAGGAAGCGAAGGAGAUACUAACUCGAGGGUUGGAAAUUUGUGAUGAGGAGGAGGUUAGUGAAUUUGAUGAUGGGAGGAGCAGGCUCCACCAUAACCUUGGGAAUGUGUACAUGGAACUCAGGAAUUGGAAUGAAGCUAGGAGGAAUAUCAAAAUGGACAUUCAGAUUUGUAACAAGAUUGGCCACCGUCAAGGGGAAGCGAAAGGGUAUAUCAAUCUUGGGGAAUUGCAUUCCAGGACUCAGAAGUAUGAGGAGGCAAUCUGUUUUUAUAACAAGGCACUUGGUUUGGCAAGGUCCUUGGAGGAUGAGGAUGCUUUGGUGAGGCAAAUUGAGCAGAAUAUUAGGACUGUAAAGGAAGCUGUCAAAGUGAUGGAUGAGAUAAAGAAGGAAGAGCAGAACCUCAAGAAGCUUAAAAGAGAUAUCGCCGCUGCCAGAGGGACACCUAAUGAGCGGAAAUGCCUGCUCCAGCAGAAUGGCUCUCUUGAACGCCUUGUGGAGAAGUCAAGAAUGAUAUCUGCAUGGGAGAAGCAUUGCGAAUUUGCAAAGGAGAAAAAGAGAAUAGCAAGUGAACUUUGUGACAAGCAAAGGCUUGGUGAUUCAUAUAUGGAUGUUGGAGAAUCAUAUCAGAAGCUUAGAAAAUUCAACAAAGCAAUCAAAUGGUACAAGAAGAGUUGGGAAAUGUACCAAACAAUUGGCAGUUUAGAGGGUCAAGCAUUGGUAAAAAUCAAUAUUGGCAAUGUUUUGGAUUCUGCUCAAAAGUGGAGACAAGCAUUAGAUGCAUAUACUGAAAGCUAUAGGAUUGCUGUUGAAGCUCAACUUCCUGAUAUACAGCUUUCUGCAUUAGAAAAUAUGCAUUAUAGUAACAUGAUAAGAUUUGAUGAUGAAUCUGAGACAAAGAGGUUGAAAAUUUUAAUUGAUAAGCUGAAGAACUCAAUAGAAGAUGAGUCAGGUGCUAAAAAUAUGGCAGAAGAUUGUUGCUCUGAGACUGAUACCGAGGCAGACAAUAAUCUGUCAAUAGCUGGGUCUGAUGAUGACCUUUGCUCUCCACAUACCAGUUCUAGAUCAAAAGCUCUAUCUACUGGAGAAGAAUUUAUAGAUGACAUGCCACUUCUGUCAAUCUAUCAGUCCUUAAAAGGCUCAUCCAGAAAGACAACAGGUCACAUGGAAGAUCUUACCAACACCAAGCAAGCUGAUAAGUCAUCCAAAAGUCUUACAAAUUUAACCGGCAAUCAUCAGGCAGUUGUUGGACGUAAACGUGUCCGUGUAAUUCUUUCUGAUGAUGAAGAUGAGAUGGAGUGUUCAAGCAAACGGAGUCAUGAUUGCGUGUUAGAAGACAGGUCUACUUAUGAUGCAAAUAUGAGUAAAGUGAGUCCUAGUAACAUUAAGGUUGUCUCAGAGAAUGGAUCCAAACUUCCAAUUAAUGUUGAAGAAAGUAGCAGUUCUUUCAAAUGCUGGAGUCCACAUACACUUGCUAAAACUUGCAGACAUUCCAGAUCCAUGAGCAAUGACCUAGUUGCUGAACUUGAUCUUCCUAGUGGUUCUAAAUGCAACACAGAUGCCUCUGGUAAACCAAGUGAUGCUGCCCCACCUGCGUCAAAUAGUUCUCAAUACGAUAAAUAUAUUGAGUGCCAGAUUGGGAAUGAUCUAAUUCACAUAGAAGCAACCUGGUGUACUGCCAGUGAUAAGCUGGAUAUUGAAUCUUUGAAAGCUGUAGCUGCAUGCUUAUACUAUCUACAACUUCCUACACAAAAGAGAUCAGAUGGUCUGUUGCCUGUUGUUCAGCACAUUUCAUGUGCUGGAAGAGAUCUAGAAUCCCUAGAAACUGUUGAAAACCUUCAGAUAUGCCUGGGAAAUGUCACAGUUGAAGCAUCCAUUGAUGGAUGGAUUCAUAAGCGCCUCAUAAAAAUGUAUGUAGACUUUUGCAAGCAGCUGUCAGAGAAGCCAAAUAUGAAGGUACUGAAGAAACUCUACAAUCUAGAGGUUUCGGAUGAUGAAAUAGUAGUGUCUGAGUGUGACCUGCAAGAUUUGUCUAUAACCCCAUUGAUAAAUGCACUGCAGUCCCAAAAAGCAUUUUCAAUGCUUGACCUCUCUCACAAUUUGUUAGGAAAUGGGACAAUGGAAGCACUUCAGAAGGUCUUCACAGCAUCAGACCAACAUUAUGGUGACUUAACACUCGAUUUGCAUUGUAAUCGAUUUGGUCCAACCGCUCUGCUACAGAUUUGUGAAUGCUCAGUGCUGUUUGAUAGACUGGAAGUGCUCAACAUUUCUGGAAAUCGUCUUACUGAUGCAUGUGGAUCUUAUCUUUCAACUAUCUUGAAAAAAUGUAAAGCCCUCUAUAGCUUGAAUGUAGAGAACUGCUGUAUCACAUCCAGAACUAUUCAAAAGAUUGCUGAUGCACUGGACUCUACAUCCGUACUUGCUUAUCUCUGUAUAGGACAUAACAGCCCUGUAUCUGGAAAUACUAUAGUUAAUCUUUUGUCCAAGCUUUCCACUUUGAAAAGGUUUUCGGAGCUGAAUCUCAGUGGUCUAAAACUAGGCAAACCAGUAGUUGAUGCCCUUUGCCAGCUUGCAGGUACCUUGAGUUUAUCAGGACUAAUUCUUGGAGGUACCAGUAUCGGAACAGAAGGGGUAAUGCAAUUAGCAGAACCAUUGCUGAAAGGGGCUGAAGAGUUUGUGAAACUUGAUCUAUCAUAUUGUGGGCUCACAUCAAACUUUGUUUCAAAUAUCAAUGUUAAUUUGUUUUGUUCCAUCCUUGAGCUGAACCUGGAAGGAAAUCCUAUUCUGCCUGAGGGCGGAAAUACUCUAUGUUCUCUUCUAGUAAACCCAUCAUGCUCUCUCAAAGUGUUGGUCCUUAGAAAGUGUCAACUUGGGCUCGCUGGGGUUCUCCACAUAAUUGAGGCACUCGCAGAGAACAACAGCCUGGAGGAGCUUAAUCUUGCUGAUAAUACUGUACCAAAUGAACUUUAUUCUCUAAAAUCCGACUUAACAGUAAAAGGUGACACUGAAAAACACGAUCAGAUACUUGAUACGAUUAAGUUGGCGGGUAAUCAAGAGGUCCAUUGCUCUGUAAACUUGGACUACCAUCAGCUUGAAGUUGCUGAUAGUGAAGAUGAUACAGUUAAAGCAGCUGCUUCUGGAAUAGAUGACAGUGCCAGUUCGUGUCAAAGAAAUUCUUCAUCUGCAGAGUGCCUUUUAACUCAACAACUUGCAGUGGCUAUUGGUAAGGCAAAGAAAUUGCAAUUACUAGACCUUAGCAACAAUGCUUUUUCAUCGGAAGCUGCAGAAACUUUCUAUAAUUCCUGGACAAGUGUACGGGUGCCAGGUCAGAAGCACAUUAAUGAGGGGAUUAUGCAUUUCUCAACAAAAGAAAAGAAGUGCUGCAGAGUGAAACCGUGCUGCAAAAAAGUCCUGCCUUUAUAGUAGUUUCCUCACGAAAGAAUUAGGCAAUAUUCCAGCGAAUGGUUGUUCUCAUUGCUGCUUUAUUUAUGAUUAUGCCUCUCCGCUAUAACUGUAGCCUCUGCAUGUUGCUUGUGAGGAGGUGCAUGUGCUUCAGCUUCAUUUGUAUAUAUUAUCUCACAGGAAAGGAAAUGUUGAUUUACUAGCCUAACGAGCUUUGCUGCAACUCAUGCAAUGUAUGAGUCAUGCGCUGCAUGUAUUAACUUAUCGUUAUUUUAUUUAUUUAUUUUUAUGGUGCAUUGAUUGAAAUUUUGA